CUCUCUCUUCUCUCUUCUCUCUUCUCUCUCUGCAAGAGUGAAACCCUAACCCUGGAGAAAUUAUUUCGUGGCCUUGCAUCUGCUUCCAGAAUGAACAGCCUGAGAGCGAUCUGCUUCCCAGACGCGGUCGUUUCUUCCUUCAUCACCCGUUGCCGCGUCCACGCUCGACUGGGGUUUUCUGCAGCCACACGGAACCCCAGCCUCCGAGCUCCCAGUCCCAUCUAUUCUUCCCCCUCCGCCGCCUUUUUAGUUGACGAUCUUCCUAGAAUGUCACACGCUUCUCGCACCAAUUCCAAGAGGACUAUAACUAGGGUAUCUAAUUGGAAUUCCGAGAAAUCUCCUUACGAUACUCUCGAGUUGGAGAUAGAUGCCAGUGAGGAGAAAAUCAAGAUCGCGUAUAGGAGGCUGGCCAAGUUCUAUCACCCUGAUGUUUAUGAUGGGAGGGGGACGCUUGAGAAAGGAGAAACAGCUGAAGCUCGAUUCAUUAAAAUUCAAGCAGCGUAUGAGCUUCUGAUGGAUCAGGAAAAGCGUGGUACAUAUGAUAGAGAUCAUCGUGUCAACCCUAUGAAGGCUUCUGAAGCAUGGGCGGAAUGGUUGAUGAAAAAAAGAAGAGCUUUUGACCAGAGAGGCGAUAUGGCUAUUGCCGCUUGGGCGGAACAACAACAGCGUGAGUUGAAUAUUCGUGUACGUCGUCUCUCUCGCUCAAAGAUUGAUCCCGAUGAAGAGAGACGGAUCUUAGCUAAAGAGAAGGCGGCAUCGAAGGAAUAUAUGAAUAAUACAUUGAGGAGACAUACACUUGUUCUCAAGAAGAGGGAUUUGAUGCGCAGAAAGUCUGAGCAAGAGAAGAAAAAUGUGAUCAAUCAGUUAUUAGCAGCAGAGGGGCUUGAGCUUGACACCAAUGAUGAUGAUGAUGAUGAUGAUGAGGUGGUUUAAUAUGCCAAUUGGCAUUUUCUGUAGAUAUAAAUCCUUUAUUUUGUCUUAUGAAAAUGCAAACGACGCAAAUGUAUAUAUUAUUUCAUACAUCAAAAGUAUAGAAAAUAGAUGAAAGUAUUAGAAAUUUAGUUCUAUAACUUAUAGAGAAGUGAUUGGUCACUCAGAUAAAUUAUCUUAGUCUCUCUGUCUUUAUUAUUUAUUUAGAUUUGGGUAUUUGGAAUGUUAAUAUCAAUUUCAAAGUA